GAAAUCAUUGACCAGUUACUUUAUGCUUUUUUUAAAGUUGGUUGUUACUCCCAGAUUGGCUUACACGAUUUUUUAAAUGAACAUUUGGUUGAGUUGUCAUUAGGAGGAUUUGAUUUUCACAAAAAUGAGCAGAAUCAAAGAAAUUUUACGUCAGAAAGUGUUUUCACAGUAUGAUGAUCCUGACUUGUGGGUAAAAAAUUACUUGACGAAUCCUCCUGUGUCAGAAGAAGAACUAGAACAUCUCAGAUCAGUAAUGCAAAAGGACAGAGCUCUUAAAAAGUCCGACUAUGAACGGAUUGUUGAGUUGGUCAAAGUGUUUCCCAACAAACUACAUCCAGAACUGCUGCACGAUACAAUGUGUCAGAUAAGCUCUAGACUUCCAGCUGUACCUGGAAGUGGUCUUGUCUCAACCUGCAGACCAAUUUUACCCUCCAGGAAUAAGAUUCCUGAUGAAGUAAUACCUGAAAAUCCACGCAGACGAGGAGUUUGUGCAUCACUGUUUCCACAAUGUGCAGUUCAGACAAAAUUCUCAAGAUUAUGCCCGAAAUGCUGGCAGAAAUACAAUCCUUUACUCGAAAAUUAUCGGUGUAUUAUUUGUGGUGCUUAUGUUUGUCAACAAUGUGCAUUUAAGGUUCCCAAAAAGAUAUUGGCCGUCAUGUGUAAAGAAUGUUGGGAGAUUGCGAAAUGUUACUGUAAAACAGGCGAUUGGUUCAAUCAAUACGUAGAGUCAAAACUACCCACUCCACUGAAGUUUGACUUUCAAUUUAUUCAGCCUCAAAGUGGUAAUAAUAAGGCGAAACUCAGCUGAGCAGUGACAUGCUAUCAAACAUUUCUUUACCAAAUAUGGGGAGUUUUCAUUUGUUCAUGUUGUACAAACAUCAUUCUCAAACGCCAUAAUCGUGCAGGAUCAGUCGAUAGAGAUUUUCUUAACAUGUAAAAAAUGUCAAUUUAUCAAUGACUACAAAAUUUGUUAAUUUUUUCUCGCUUCAGUCAUUGCCACUGAGACAAAGUGAGUGUGUCAAUAAUACCAUUCCUAUGACUAGUUAUAUUGCUUUCAAUAAAUUUCAUUCAAAUCUGUUGUCAGAAUGUGAUAUAUUUAGGAUAAUUUUUCGCAUAUCCUGUGCCAAAAAUCAACUUGUAACAUACUAGGAUAUAUGAGGUCAUGAGGUUCUAUUGUUUAUGAAGUCAGACUGCUUUUGCGAUAGGUGAUGAAUUCGGCUUGUAAGUCACAACUGCAGAUAUGAAGUAGAAGAGCACUGUUAACAAAUGCGUUUUGGUUGAGCUCUGAUGAAUGGUGGUUGGUAUCACUUGAUGUGUUUACGUGUAAUGGUAUUCUUUUUUCUUAAUGGCACGUAAAGCUUUGUCAGUACAUCUCCACU